UGCUCAGCGCUGCUGGGAGUUUCACUUCCUCCCUAGUUGGGGCUCACACCCACAGCAGCAGCGCGCACUGUCAGCCGGGCGGCUUUUCUCCUGGUGUCAAAUGACCAAGUGAUCAGUAGGGGAGAUCUUGACUUGCUCGCUCCCUUCAUCUCCGUGCCACCCACCUGGUAGUGGAGAGGCAGCCGAAUGGGCAGAGUCGAAGCUAGGGAAAGAAAUAUGAGCCACCUGGACUCCUCCGAGGGAGAAGCUGAGCACCUCCAGCACUUGGGGUGGUAUCAUGGCAAUCUCUCUCGACACGCCGCAGAAGCGCUUCUUCUCUCAAAUGGAAGUGAUGGAAGCUACCUCUUAAGGAACAGUAAUGAGAAGACUGGUCUAUACUCUCUUUCUGUGAGGGCCAAAGAAUCUGUCAAACACUUUCAUGUAGAAUACACAGGCUAUUCAUUCAAGUUCGGCUUUAACGAGUUCUCAAGUUUGAAGGAGUUUGUCAAUCAUUUCGCAAACCAGCCUUUGAUUGGGAGCGAAACAGGCACUUUAAUUGUUCUGAAACAUCCCUAUCCAUGCCAAGUGGAAGAGCCAUCCAUCUACGAAUCGGUCAGGGUUCACACAGCAAUGCAGACAGGAAGGACAGAGAGUGACCUGGUACCCACAGCUCCUUCACUGGGCACCAAAGAAGGAUACCUAACGAAACAAGGGGGACUAGUGAAGACUUGGAAAACCAGGUGGUUCACUUUGCAUAGGAAUGAAUUGAAAUACUUCAAAGACCAAAUGACACCAGAGCCAAUUCGGACACUAGAUCUGACAGAAUGCUCAGCUGUGCAGUUUGAUUACACACAGGAAAAAGUUAAUUGUUUCUGCUUAGUAUUUCCAUAUAGGACUUUUUAUUUAUGUGCAAAAACAGGAGUAGAAGCAGAUGAGUGGAUUAAGAUACUACGAUGGAAAAUGUUGUUCGCCAAGUCCUAGUUCCAGUUCCUGGAGACAUACUACACACACAUAUGUCACAAAUAAAGAAGCAGUCGGGGCAGGAUGGUGGCACCAUGAGGUCUCCCUCCUUCUUUUACAAGUAGCCCCUUUCUGGCAAGUGAUGUCCAUUCUCCCCCAGAGGCAGGCUGUUCCACAAUGCUGUAAAUGCUGGUGGACUUAGGAGGAACGUUAAUUCCAAGGACAAAUAACAGAUGACUGGAUGUGUUCUUCAAGAAUGUGACACGUCGGCCAACCCACGGAAACGUCUGUCCUGUUCAGAUACUGCUAUCUCCUGGAGUUGGCACAAUCAUCAUUUUGGUGGAAGCGUGGAUUUGAUAAUAAUAAAAAUAGCUCACUUUUA